CAAAACUGUGACAAGUAGUCAUUCUUCCUUGUACUAAGAUAAGUGGGUUUUAAGAUUUUUUUUCUUUGUCUAUCUGUCUGUGGGUGAUUUUGAUUGGAUAAAGAGCCUGCACGGUGAAUAAAAUUACCAGCCUUACUAUAUGGCUACUUGCCCUGUGAUUGCAGGAUGUGUAAAGAAUAACAAUACAAAGAGACCUCUAAUUCAGCAUGAAAUGAAAAACAUUUUAACAUCAAUGUUUAUCUUAACUAAGUCACAAAUCAGACUAUACUUUGGUGUUUUUUUGUUGUUUCUUUUUUUCAGAAUAAUAUAAUCGGAAGUCCUUCUAUAUUUGAGGAAGAACAAAUUGUUGGUUGGAUGGUGGAUUCAUAAGUAGUUGUCAUAUUACAAGAGUAAGAAGAUAUUUUGGUAUUUGUGAAGAACUGGAUUUUCACCCUAGUCUAGCAGCUUUGCUGCUCACUUAAACACAGAUGAAUGAAGACCCCAUUUGGAAAAUCACCAGCUCAACGAACCAGAGCUGAUGCAGGUCAUGCAAGAGUCUCUGCCAGCAUGAUGAAGAAAAGAACUUCCCACAAAAAGCAUAGAAACAAUGUGGGACCAAGCAAACCUAUUUCUCAGCCACGAAGAAACAUUGUAGGCUGCAGAAUACAGCAUGGCUGGAAGGAAGGAAGUGGACCCAUAACACAAUGGAAGGGCACAGUUCUUGAUCAAGUUCCUGUAAAUCCUUCUCUCUAUCUUAUAAAGUAUGAUGGAUUCGAUUGUGUGUAUGGACUAGAACUGCACAAAGAUGAAAGGGUUUCAGCACUUGAAGUCCUUCCAGACAGAGUUGCUUCAUCUCGAAUUAGUGAUGCCCACCUGGCAGACACAAUGAUAGGCAAAGCUGUGGAACAUAUGUUUGAGACAGAGGAUGGCUCAAAAGAUGAAUGGAGGGGGAUGAUCUUGGCUCGAGCUCCUAUUAUGAACACAUGGUUUUAUAUUACCUAUGAGAAAGAUCCUGUCUUGUACAUGUACCAACUCUUAGAUGAUUAUAAAGAAGGUGACCUUCGCAUUAUGCCUGAUUCCAAUGAUUCGCCUCCAGCAGAACGGGAACCAGGUGAAGUUGUGGACAGCCUGGUAGGCAAACAAGUGGAGUAUGCCAAAGAAGAUGGAUCAAAAAGGACUGGCAUGGUAAUUCAUCAAGUUGAAGCCAAACCAUCUGUCUAUUUCAUCAAAUUUGAUGAUGAUUUCCAUAUUUAUGUCUAUGAUUUGGUGAAGACAUCCUAGAUAUCAUCAUGAAAUUUUGCCAAAUUUGUGGAACUAUUAAAUGUAAAAUUUGUAGACACAAAGACUUGACUGCUUUUCAGUUAAACAAAAGUUUAAAUGUCCCUGUGAACUCACAGUCUCUGCUAGCAAACCUGUUUUGUUCUGAAUGUUACAAACAUUUAUGUGAAUGUGACAAAUUUUGCAUAAGAGAACUCAAUUUCUUGAUGAAAGUCAAUAUAUUUGGGUAGGAGGGAGUUAAAAGCAUAGAACAGCUGCAAAAUCAAGCUGUGUAAAGUCAAUCUAAUAUUGUAAUCUAAUUGUUUUCAUAGAUUUUUAACAUUUUCUUCAAUGUUACACUCACCUCUUCAACUGCCACAUGCAAAUGUAGUUUGCUAUUUUUAUGUCUUCUUUUGUAACAUUACAAUUAAUUUAUUUGCUGCUGGCAGUCCUUGUUUUCCAGGUUGAGUCAGAGGUGACUUUUCUCAAAGAUUUGAAUGGUUUAUGAAGCAGUAAGGAGUGCCUAACCCAAGUAACAUAAAUUUACUGUGUUUCUAGGCUUUUUCUUUUUUGUUUUACAUUAAGCUUUUUAAGAACUUUCAGUACAUGGAAACAAUUGUGCAUUUUUAGUAGUCAUGGGGCAAUAAGAUAUCAAGUGUUUGACUUAUACACCUUUCAGUGAAAAGGCAUUAAAGUGUAAAAAUAUAUUUAAUCUGUAUAACCAAUUCAUUAGAAAAUGCAGAUUAAUGGCCCAUUUUUACAAGUUGUAGAAACCAGUAAAAUAGACACAAAAAAGCCACCUUCAGUCCUAAAUGUUGUACUUUCUUUUGUUAUACACAUUUCUUAGCAAAACCCAAGUACUUGGUGCCACAAGUUUAACAGUAUAUAUACUACUUAAGAAGACUUCAGUCUAUGCAUUGUCAAUCAGUAGUCUUUCAUUUAAUGUAACCUACCAAACUGGAUAUAUGUCUGUAGACUUAAAAGCCUAACAGUAGUUAAUGUUUUACAUGGUAAAUACAAUCUCAAGGGUGGAGAUGGAGUCCUCUUACAUUGAAGACGUCCUUUAGAGAAGAAGUAUUUAUUGCCUUCUACUCAGUCUGCAGAUGAUUCUGUUUGAAUCUCACACCCAGAGGAGUGGGAUUUGAACCCAUGCCUCCACGGGAGACUGUGACCUGCAGCCUUCUUGCUUUUGUUCUCAACCAUCUUGGUUCAAGAAUAUAUGUUCCCAAUAUAUUGUUUUUCUGACUUUUCCAUGUAAGGAGUGUCCAAACAAAUCUACAGCUUAAACCUGUUGUUGCCUUUUGUGGUGUACUUGCUUAGAGGUAUGUUGUUAACAUGAAUUUCAUUCUACGAGCACUAGAGUUCUGCAUGCUAGUGGUGUACUAUCUAAUGGAAGCUAUAGGCAGUCUCAGUGGUUCAGUCAUCUGCAUUAGACUGUGGAUGUAAAUAGCAGCCAAAUCCUUUCACAUUUUUAAUCUUGCAAGAUGGUUGUAAAUCAAGGUUAGGAUUUCAUUGUUUUUUUAAGUUUAGCAGCUUUUAAAAGCAUCAGAAUUGCAACAAGGCAACAAAAUUGGACAGCAACAAAAUUGUCAUGUUACUUUAGAGCAGGGCUCUACAAGCUUCAAAGUACAGCUUCACAGUAAUACAGUAUGUGAAGACAGUUAACACUACUGAUGGAAAGAAGGAAUACAUAGAUAUAUACAACCUUAUGCUCUUAGUGGAAGGAUUCAGUAGAGGUGCUAUUAAUCAAAGAUCAAAGGUUUGACCUCUAUUUUGAGUAUUCUUGAUAUCAAAGAGUCAGUGGUUUAAGCCCCUUUCUGUCCUUUUCUUUUCCUGAUUUCAUAUUUUAGCCUUAAGGCUUGUGCUUCAUUAUGCUGUUGAAUGGUAAUACCGUAUAAAUAUGAUACUUUAAUUCUUUGUCUCUUGCUAUUAUAUUACAUUCUGUCCAGUAUUUCAUCAUGGGCAACCCAAGGCAGGCAAUUGUAUUUCAGUUCACAGCUUCUCAAUCCAGUACUUAAGCACUAAGUACCUGAGUUGCAAAUUUUCCUUCUGUUUUGAACAAAGUGAGCAGAUUUGCAACGCAGUGCUUUCAUCCUGCAGAUCUGUUAUGUGCUUUCUAUUGACUCUUAGAGUCCUGCAUGUAAAUCUUAAAGCUGAGCCUGGCUCCAUGAGCCCCAGUUAAUAUUUGUGGCACAAGAAUGAGUGAGUGUACUGAUUAUACACAAGAUACAUGAAUAACUUGGUACAAGGAAUUUUGGGCUAUAUGUCUAAGGAAUACAAGAUUUGUUUUGAAAUAGCUGAGGUUUAGGUCUACUGUAACAUUUUUAGCAUUAGGCUUGCAUUUGUGAGUUUUAUGCAAACCAUUCUAAUAUAUCAGGUAUUUUGAUAAUUAGAAUAUAAUCUAUAAAGUGUCAAAUUUCUGGUUGUUUUUAGAUGUCACUGUUGUUUGUUACACAGUUUUUGUUUUUUCUUUUCAUCUUUUUCUUAAGGUUUGGGUUGGUUGUUUUUUUUUUUGUUUGUUUGGUAGGGUUAUUUUUUUCUUUUGUUUAUGUUUGAUAGCUUAAGAAACACAUUUUUGAGGCUUGAGACUGAUUCUUCUCCCUGAUAUCUGCCUUAGGCUUUGUUUUAGGCUAAUGCUUCAGAUCUGCAUGCACUGCUUUUGUUAACCUGGUAACUAAUUGUUGACCCCUUGUUCUAGAGGUUCAACAUUGCUUUCCAAAUUUAUCAUAGAGCUUGUGAUGGCACAUUACAUGGAUCUUUGGAUAAAAGUUAUUGGCCUCUCUAAAACCUGCUGUAGUAUUGUUGUAUAUUGUGUGUGUGUGUGAUGUCAAGCUGCCAUGUAAAACUUUUUAAAACUAAAAAAAAUUAAACCUGGGCCAUCCUUCUCUGCAUGCUUAGAAAGUUAGAACAUUCAAUGUAACAAACUAAAGUUGCAUGUUAUAAUGUUUAGAUUUGGGUUUUGUUCUGUUUUUUCUUUCUUUCUUUCUUUCUUUUUUGGGGGGAGGGGGGUUGUUCAUUUUUUUGUGAAUUUGCUUAUUGUGCUGUUUAAAUGGUUGUUAGUAGGAUUAAAUGCACUGGUGAGGCAAACAUAGUGCCAACAGAAGGUAAUUUUCCAGUUGUAUGUGUCAUACAGCAUUUGAAGGGAUCAUGUAUUCUGUUCAAGAAUAAAUAGAAUCACAAUUGAUUAGUAGAACACUACUUUUUUUCUUCUUUUGAAUGGCAAACCCUAAACUAAGCUGGACUAUGUGAAGACUGAAAUACUUUGGGGAAAGUCUUACUUAUUACAAUAGGUAUAAGCCUUCUUUAAAUUAAUUAUUUUAAAAGGGAGGCUUUAUUUUCAGACAGAAUAUAUUACACUUGUUUCAGGGGAAAAAAAUGGUAAAAGCAGUUUUUGGUUCCUUGAAAAUGCUGUGCUUUUUGUAUUUUACAUCAUUCAUUAGUGCAAUUUGGAUGGUUCUUGGUAUGCGUAUAGUUCAGAUGUCUUUGUAUUCACAUUAUAGAAUUAGGUAAUGACUUCAUCUUUAGAGCUCAGUUUCAUUAUUUUUAUUUUAUUUUGAACAAUUUAGACAGUUCCCUGUUUUCUGCAUUUAUAAGUAUGAAUACUUUAAAUCUGUUACUUAAUUCUGUAAGUAAUUUUUAUAAUUAUGAUGUAACUCUAUCCUUAAAACAUUUAAAAUAAAUCCUUUAUGUGCAACUCAUGACUGCAAAUUUUCUUUGCAUGAGCAAAAUGUAGUGAUGUGACUUCAGGUUGUGAAUAGGCAGUUUCUUCAGGUUUGUUCGUUUAGGUUCUUUUUUAGUUAAAAACUACUUAGUAUUUUAAU